GCCCAAGUUGCUCCCAAGGCUUGAUUCUUUUAAGACAGCAAUACAACUGUAUUAUUGAUACAAUUUUUACGGUCCUCCUUGCCCCAGCCCACGACCAGGCAGGUCCUUUAGUUAAGAUGUCCAAAUUAUCCUCCCCGCUCAAGGCGUUGAUCAACAGUCCGGCAGCCCGCCCGCACACGGUCCCUGCACCCCGCCAUAUCGAGUCUGUAUAUAAGAAGAUCCAGCACCAAGCGCAAUCAAAAAGUCUCUCCCAAUCGUCAUGGCUAGCUCUCUCAACAGCCACCACUAUUACAAUAAACUCGCCCGAGUCCCUUACAGCCCUUUACCGGCUUGCGAGCACGUCCCAAUCCGCCCCGGAGAGCGUCGCGACUGCUGAAUUUAUGCGCGAAGUCGGCCUGAAAUGUAUCAGUUUUAACGGUAUCCCGCGAACAAUCAACUGUCUCAAUGCCUUCAAAGCCAGCCUCCCGGAGUCCGUCAGCGCCCAGCUAUCGACAACGCCUACACGUGCCCCAACCGCCGACAACAUCCAAGAGAUCUGUUCCCGGGGCCAGAGGCUAUGGGACUCGAUCUACCGGCCCUUCGAGACAAAGCUCUACAAUAAGCUCGCGGGCUCACAUCCAGACUUGCCGGUUCACAUCCUCAACGGAAACUACGGGGCGCUGCUUUCAGACCCGGCGCGGAAUACAGGAGCCAGCGUGGGACGACUAGCGACGUCUAUUAUAGCGGUUGCUUGUCUGCGUGCGCAGACGGGGGUGGGACCUCAGGUGACAUCGCACAUAUUUGGACUUCGGAAAGCUGUGGAUGAUGGGACUUGGGUUAGUGAUAGUGAGACGGAGGAGGGAGCCAGGUGGUUGGCUAGUGAUGAGGGGAACACUUGGAUUUUAGAGAGCGUGGAUGAGAUUGUGGAUAUAAUUAGCAACGGGUCUGGUUCGAAUUUUGCGCCUAGGACUGAGAGGGCAUCAAAGAUUUAG